AGGAGGGGGGAAAAAAGACACACACACACAAAAAAUUAGUUACAAGAUGGCGACUAACAACUGCCUGAACACUGGAAAACAAUAGAGACAGCGCAGCAGGGCAGAGUUUAUUUCUUUACCGUCUGCCUUUUUCUUUUUCAUGUCGAGUCAGACCGGGGGACAGUAGUGUUAUUGUGUGUACUUUAAGACUUCUGAAGCAGAUUGGGAAGAAAGUGAGUUUAUAAUGCUUUGUUUGAGGGCUAGUUAGCAGGCAAGCUAAGCUACAUCCGUAGCUGUAAUGUAACUGAGAGGAUCAGCUGUUAGCCGCAGUGCUACUUUAAAAGUUACUUUUACUUGCAAAACUCACGCGUAACUCUCUAAGUUGGUGUUUUCGGGCUGAAUGGAUGUAAUGUAUGUGCUUUUACCCAUCACUUUCUAACCUUUCGUCGGUAGGUUUUAUUUCAAGUACGUCUUUUGUCAACUUCAACUGUGAGGUGAAAAAAAAAUAGCACGUUUAUUUUUUAAUCUGUUGCUAAAAUUUCGCGACAAGAGAGAAAAAUCGAUUUCACGACGUGUCGUAUCGCACAUAUAAACGAGAGGUAACGUUACAUAUUUAAGAGUUUUUACGUUUUCAAAAAGAGAUCCCUUAAGUAAAAGUUUUGACUUUUCUCUUAAACUUUUCCAUAAAUUAUGUACGUUACAUGUCUAAACAAAUGUAACUUUUAAGAUGCAAACGCUGUUAUUGUUAGGGAACGCUUUCAUUCAUGAAAUCGUAGUUUUUUCUUGAUUCUGGUUCGUGUCAGGACUCCCGGCUUGAAUACAGUUAUAUAAGGAAGACUGUUCAGUGAUUUGUUUAGUUUAAAGGAAAUCUUUGAGUUUUUGCGUUUGGACUCUUUUCUGAACAUAAGCGCUCAAAUCUGAACUAUGUGCCUUUUCUUUUGUUGUAACGUUACAAGGAGGCAGAUAGUGAUAAAAAUGCAGGCAGUUGAGUGUGUUUUGUAAAGACACACACGCGCACACGCUCUGAAACAGCACGAUCUGUCCUGAGAGUUGUGCUGGUAUCCGGAGACUCGAGGGAGUUUAUAAACGCGGCUCUUCUGGAUGAUGGCAGAUUUUGUGGUGCCGCGGCACAGCGCGGUGAUGGAGCGGCUGCGGCGGCGCAUCGAGCUCUUCCGGCGGCAUCACACCGGCUGUGAGAACCGCUAUGACAGCACGGCCAUGGAGCGGCUGGAGAUGGAGAGACAGCAGACGUUCGCGCUGCAUCCGCGCUGCCUGCAGGCCAAGCCCAAGCGCCCAAACAACAAGCACCGGCAGCCGGCGGCGGCGAGCGCAGACCCCGCGGGGCACAGAGGCACAGGCGGCGGGGGAACCGGCGCGGAGCUGGCGGACGGAGCGAGCGGGACAGCCGGGGAGCAGAGCAGAAACAGCACGCUGAUCGCGUUACAUGAUACUGUCAAGAGGAAGCUGGAGAAUGCUGGUUCACCUCUAGGCCGAGACCAGGUCAAUGGUUUCAUUGACGGCUACCCGCCCAAUAAAAAAGCCUGUGUUAAGGAUGCAUUGGGGAGUCUUAAUGGGGUCUCGAACGGCACAGUGCCUCCUCUCUCUCCUUUGGACUCCAAACAUAACGUGAGUACUGAAGCCAUGAUGGCCAAUGGGAACCACAGAGCGGUCGGUGGAGAGCACAACGGGUCUGGUCUAACAGAUAGCGGGGCAUUACGUGGCUCAGAGUCCGAUUUCCGCCUGAAAGAAAUGAAGCAAGAGCCUGUGGACGAUAUCUUGCCCUGCAUACUGCCUGGUGGAGGUGUGAAUGGAAACAACAGCCUCUUCCCUGACCUCAACCUCAACGAUCAGGACUGGAGUGAGAUCAUGGAGGAGUUCAACCGCUCCGUACCCUACGAAGACAUCCAGGAGCUCUUCAGUGACAGUUUUGGAGAUCGCAAGGACCCCGAGCUCACGUCCGCCGGUGCAGCUCAGAGCUUGAUGCCACCAGAUCUGGCCAGCGUGAAGACUGAAUUUUCCCCCACUACGGCUUCCUCCGCCUUCGAUCAGGACUCUUGCAAUGGUUCACCUCAGGUGAGACCCACCUCAUCUGGGCCUCCGCUUCACACCAACUCCCCUGCAACGGCUCCGGCCACAUCGCCGGCCCUGCCUGUGCAGCAGCAGACCACCAGACAACUCCCAAAUCACCUGCUGCCCGCCCCAUCCAAAGACCUGUCCCCCGCACAGCAACUGCAGCAGUUAGCAGCACGCGAGCAGCAGAGGGCGAUAUUGCAGCAGCAUGUGGUUCAGAAGCCGCCUCAACAACAAAAACAACAGCAACAGCAAGCUGCGAAAUUUCACCAGCAGCCCAACCACUCAACAUCUUGGCCCCAAAAUGCACCCACCCAAAGUCAAAUGGGUGGAACCUUUGGCAUUGAGAAGUCCACCAGCCCUUCUUUGUACCCGCAAGACUUCCCCAACCCCAAGACCCUGCUCAUGCCCAACAAGGGUUCUCCCAAAGCAGGCGCUCCAGCCGGCUACAUGCAGCCCAGUGGACAUGCCAACAUGUUAAGUCACCCAGCUGCGCCCACAGGGCCCCUCAGCCACCCACCCAACCCAGGAGCCCAGGCUGCCAUGCUGGACUACAGUAACACUAAACCCCUGUCCCAUUAUGAGGCUGGAGCCCCUGGUGCACCCAGGGGCCCUCCGGCCACACAGAACCAGAACCAGGCCAUUCUGAACCUGAUGCUACAACAGCAGAUGGCUAAGCAGAGGCCGACCAGCAUGAACUUCAGACCAGCGCACCACCAGCAUGCUCCGGAUUCAGGGUCUUACCCCUCCAGCUCUCAUGUUCCCGGCCCGGGUAACACUAUGACACCACAGCAGAGCAGCAACGGCAUCCCGGGGAACCACAGUAACACGGCCUACAUGAAGCAGCAGCAGCAGCAGAUGCAGCUGAUCAGUCAGCAGAAGCAGUUCCUCCAGAGACAGAUGAUGGUCGAGCAGGAGAAGCAGCGGCAGCAGGAACAGCAGCUGCAGAGGCAUCUGACCCGUCCACCGCCUCAAUACCAGGACCAACAAAACCCGCAGGCCCAGCAAAACCCAUUCCAGCAGCAGCAACAGGUCUCUCAAUUCGCCGGUGGGCCGCCCUGCCUGGCCCAGCAGCACUCCUCCGGCUUCAGCGAACACACCAUCUCCGGUCCAUCUCAACCUAUAGGAAAUGUCAGCUCUCUGAGUGGCCCCACCCCUGGAACGCAACGGAUGUUCUCUCAAGCACAAGGCAUGAUGGGAAUGGGGGUUGGCCAGAAUACUGGACCAAGCACUGGUCCCACUCCAGCCGCCAGUCAAGCAGACAUGAACCACCCGUCCUGCACAGGUGGUCUCGAUGUGCAACAAGUCCUCUACGGCAACAUGCCCAUGCAUCCCUCCCACCCCAGCCAGCAGAGACCACCUCUGUCCUCCAUGUCUGCCGCUUACCGCCAGAAUGUUCUAGCAGCUCAGCAACAAGCACACUUGAAAAACCAGCCCAAUGCUGCUAUGCUGAAACAACAACAACAGCAGCAGCAGCUGGCCCGUAUGCCCAACAGCAUGUCCAACACCUUGGCUAAUAACAUGGGCUCUGCUAUGCCCAACUCCAUGCCAAACAGUAUCCAGGGUGCCUUGCCUUCACAGGCCCAGUCAUGGCAGCAGCAGCCCCAACAGCAUCCAGGUCUCCAGCCCGGCUCUGCUAACGGAGGCAUUCCAGCAGGUUUCCCCAACUCUGGCUUCCAGAUGCAGUCAAGAUUGUCCAAACUUCCCAACAACAACCAGUUUGCUCAGGGAGGCAUGGGAAACAGUGCAGCUGGUAGGACCCUGGCAGGUAUGAAUCCUGGACAAAUGAUGCCUAACAUGAACCAGCAACGGACCAAUAACCCAGGCAUGUCCCAACAGCUGCCUCCUCCUGGCCAGCAGACGGCCCAGCAGGGGCAGCCACAGGCGUCGUCUCAAACUCAGCAGGUUCUGCCUGACUUGGGACCUUUCAGCCAGCAACAGGCCGGACCCAACCGCACCGCAGGACUUCAGUGCAGUCAGGCCUAUCAGCUGAACAGGACAGCCAAUCAGCAGCUCCAGUUUAGCUACAGCGCCCAAUCAGGAGGCAGCUUGUCCGGGUUUUCUGCCGAGACCGACCUGGUGGACUCUCUGUUAAAGAAUCCGACAUCGCAAGAGUGGAUGGAUGAUCUAGAUGAGCUGCUGGCCAGUCACCAAUGAGUGAUGGCCACAGGUCAAUACUAGUGCCUUUGGUAGAGGAGAAAACAUGUACAUCCACGUCAUGUUUUCAGAGAUGGUGAAACUGCUCAUAUCACGGUCAGAUCUGCUGUGUUCUCGAUUGAGUAUGUAUAUCGUGUAUAUAAUAGAGGUCAAGUAGAGCACAGAGCCUGUCACUGAAGUAUUUUCUGGACUGGAAAUGUCAGAGAGGGAAGUGCUCUACUACUGAACCUGUGGCUCAGUAAAACCACUGAAUUUUCUUAUGACAAGUGUGUGCUGAAACGUGCGUUCAGCCAUCAUAUGUGUUUGCUGUAGGCACGAGGAGGCUCUGUUCAAUGUCAGGAGUGUCUUGACAUUUCCACAAGCCUUAAAUUUGCACUCUUGAAGAUGCACAACAUGUGAUUACAGAAAACGGUCUAAAGCAAUAGUUAACCCAAAAAUGAACGUUUGAAUCAUUAAUUAACCAUGUUGAUCCAAAUUCAGAUGACUUUGCUUCAUGAUGCUCCCAGCAGGGUCUAGCACCAACCCCCCCAAAAAAACACACCUGAACCAGAUAAUCAAUUCUACAGGAUCACUAGAAAACACAGAUGGUCUUUUUAUAGGAGAUGCUGAUUUUUAUAGCUCUGCUGUUGGAGAUUGAACAUUGGUCUAACGGUCAACGUGGAUCACAUGUGCCUUGAUAACCAAUCACAUUAUGUCCUUCACGUCACUGAAUUGCUGUCAGAUCUGAAUGAGAGUCAGUCACGGAUUGUGGAUACCAUAGAAAUGAAUGAAAAAUACAGCAAAAGCACUUCUGAUGCAAAAGUGUCCAAAUUCUCUCCAAAAAAUGAUUCCAAAGUGAUUGUUUCAUGGCAAAUAAUUUGAUUCAUAUAGUAACAAGCUGCUCAUCACAAAAGCAGUGUAUUCAGAGUUCUGAAGCCUCUUCUCCAUCCAGAAAACUGAGCCUUCUUCAUUUUUUAUCUUCCACUAAAGCUAGUCAUGUGAGUUUAGAAAUGCAUGAGGGAAUAAAGUGACAGUUCACCUAAACUGAAGUUCCAUAUGGUUUGUUCAUUGGUUAGUUUCUCAUUGACUAAAUUUAGGAAGUAGAUGCUUUGUGGUUUGUUUAAUCAGGCCAUGAACAGUGAGGAGGAUGAACUGAAUUACAGUGCUCCAGUGAAAGCAGAUCGCGUCAUUAGACUUUCAUGUUACACUACACUAAGUUGUGUGUUGGUGAGAGGGUUAAUAUUCCUGUUUGUUUUCUCCCUCUGCUGUCUGAUGUUACUUUGAGGUCAGGUCAGGCGCUGGUCCGAACCACAUUACCUGAACUCUCUCUUCAUCCGAGAUUCUGUGACAGGAUUUCAUGUAUAUUUAUAUAUUAUUUUGUAUGUAUUCAGUUCUUAUUGUUCAGGAGAAGAUAGAUCUUAUUUUUAUAUGUACAUUGUUGCAAGAUUUUGUAAGUAUUUUAUACUUUUUAUUAUUGUUCUCUGUAAAACAAGAGUAUUGUGUAAAUAUAGUUCUCUAGAAACGGU